UUCUGAAUGGAGGCCAUGGAUAGCAGAGGCCCAGUGAUUGGAUAAUAAUGGCCCAUAUUUGUUCUCCGCAGAAGCGGCGGGAUUCCCAAGAGUGCUCUGCUUCUCCUCCUCCUCUGUUUCCCGAAGAAGAAGCAGCUUAUCCAUUUACUCCUUCUCCUUCUCCUUGAUCUUAUCUUCUUUUUCUUCUUCCAGUUGUAGCAAGCUCUGAAAUACACUUCAGAUUCAUUAGAGAGCCAAUUCGAACACUAAUAAGUUACACAGAAUGAGGACUACAGAUCAGCAAUCCAGGAUUCUGUACGACCUCACUUCCAUGAUUAUCGCCAUCCUCAAAUCCCCUCCUCUUCCCUGCCUUCCCAUUCCCACCCCUUACACUGGAGUUGGAGUGGAACCCUCAUCUCCAUCGUCCAGAAGAAACGUCGUCGUCUCGCAGACUUCUUCUCCCACCUCUUUCGCUUCUCUGUUUCUGGGGAUUUCUCUGGCUCUUAUGCUGUUUGGGUCCGUCACUUUUGUCAUUGGGUUUUUGCUGAUGCCUUUUGUGAUUGGGUUGGUUAUGGUUUUCUACGUCUUCGAGAUUGUUUCCAAUUUGUCCCAACUGGGUCGUUCCAUUCUCUUACCCCCCUGCGUCUCCUAGAGAUUUUCAUGGUCAGUUAAGUUUUACACUGAAUAAUUUAGACGGUUAAAAAUGGUUUCCUUUUUUGCUUUGUUUUGCACUGAUAUUGAGUUGAGACUGUGUAUUAUAUUUCCAAAGAAUAAGAUUUUGUUGUUAAUAUAAGGCUUUUUGGGUGGAAAACACCCAUAUCUUCAAUCACUCUCAUUCUUCAUGGAGCUAUUCCUUUUCCAUGUGUUAACCAUUUUGUAUUGACAAUCGCUGCUGCAUGGAACUUGUCUUGAAUCUCAUAUUCACAAAAGAUCAUAUGGAGGAUUAUAUGAAGCGUUAUCUUAGGUUAGCUUGGCUUAUCAAUUAACAGCUAUAUUAGGCAAUAAUAUACAUCUUGUUAUGUUAUUAUGUCUGUUUUUGAGGAAUGAAAACUACAUGAAAUGGGAGUUUGAUCUUCAUUAACAAUGGACUAUGAAUGCGGUUGGACUAUGAAUGCGGUUUUGUAAU